AUGGGUGGGGCUGACUGACAGGUGGGGGUGAGCGGGGGCUGUGGUAAGCCCCGCCUCGCGAUAGGGAGCAGCCUGCCCACCUGUGGCCUGUCACUGCGGGAUCGAGGCGGUGAGCGGUCAUGGAGAGCCAGCAGCACCUCGCUGAUCAGGAGCGGGACACCGGGACCGAUGAGUACGGGUUCGUCCGGCCGCCGGGCUCGGAGCAGGUCUCCUCUGAUUACGGGUCGGUGCUGAGACGCCGGGCGAUCAAAUGGCGCAAACUGCUGCAGGGUAGCCGUGUGGAGCGGAGCUUGAAAAUGAAACGCUACAUCAGGAAAGGAAUUCCAAAUGAAUAUCGCAGCCUUAUCUGGAUGAUUGUUAGUGGGGCCCAAGCACAGAUGGAAAAAAAUCCAGCUUACUAUAAGAAGCUCCUGGAAAUGGAAGAAGAUCCAAAGUUGAUUGAUGCUGUUAAAACAGACAUUAACAGAACAUUUCCUGACAAUGUACAGUUUCGCAAGACUGCAAACCCCUCCUUACAAGAUGCACUCUUCAACAUUUUAGUGGCGUACGGAAACCAUAAUAAAAUAAUUGGUUAUUGCCAGGGUAUGAAUUUCAUUGCUGGUUAUUUACUUAUAGUGACCAAGGAUGAAGAGAAGUCCUUCUGGUUGUUAGAUGCCCUGAUUACAAAGAUAGUACCGGAUUUCUACACUCCGACAAUGAUCGGGUUAAAAACAGAUCAACAGGUUCUGUCUCAGCUGGUGAAGAUGAAGGUCCCUGCAGUGGCUGCAUUAAUGGAAAAACACAAUGUGAUGUGGACCUUGGUUGUGGGGCGAUGGUUCAUCUGUUUGUUUAUUGACAUUCUCCCUGUGGAGACAGUUCUUCGGAUUUGGGACUGUCUGUUCUAUGAAGGAUGUAAAAUCACCUUUCGUGUGGCCUUGACGUUAAUAAAGUACCACCAGGCUUCCAUUUUAGAAGCUAACAGUUUCCCUGCCAUCUGUGAGAAAUUCAAAGAAAUCACACGUGGGUCUCUGGUCGAAGACUGCCACAUCUUUAUGCAGAAAAUAUUCACUGAGCCUGGAAGGUUACCCCUGGCGACGAUCACCAAGCUACGUGAGUACAGCAGGGCAGAAAUAGAUGCUCAGAGUUGAUGGGCGUGAUUCAGUUCUGGAGCAUUUAAUACCUCAGGAACCCAAAGACUUCCUACAUUCCUCAGUUGAAGAAUGGGACUGCAUUUACCUGAUGGUUGUAUAUAUCUUCUUUCAGAAAAACUGCCUAGUUAUUUUAUAUCCACUGUGAAUCCAGCUGGAUCAAAAUGAACUACAAUAUUUGACAUUGUUGUUUCAGAUUUAAAACAAUAUUACUAAAUGAAGGGCUGUUUGUACAUUCAGGUUUGUUUUUUUCUGGUUAUUUCACAAUCGUAUUAAUUGAUAGUCAUUACUUUUCUUCAUCUGAAAUAUGAGCCUGAUUUUAACUUCGCAAGUGAGUUUUGAAGAGUUAAAUUCUUGUCCAUAACUUCUAUCAAAUGGUUUUUUUAAUUAUACUGUUAAAUAUUAUUUAAUUAGUCAGCAAAGGAGAAUUUUCACCUAUCUCACAUAUGGUUGUUGAUUUCAGUAGCAUUUUAAUCAAGUGUAACUAAAUUCUUGUGCCACUACAAGGUUUUCCGGACUUUUGGUCUCUCACUGAGCAUUGGUGGACUCUUGCUCUGGGCUCAGUGAUGCUCCAGUGUAAACUGACUUCCUCACACUUGAUAUGUAGAUUUCUGCUGCACUCUGAGUCCAGUGACAUUCUGGCCCAAGAUCCAGUCCCAUUCUGAUGGGUGGAGUAUUACUCUAGAUUUGGUGAUAGUCCAGUUUAGGCUGCAGUCUCUCAUGCAGCAAAGGGUAGAUUCCUACUUGGGUUCUGGUUAAGCAACACUCCUGCACAAGCUCCAGUCUUGUGCCUAGUGACAGUCAGACUCUUAGUCUGUUCUGGGUCAGAGUCUCCAGUGUAGGUGAAGGUAUUACAGAUGAAUUGAGUGGUUUCGGGCUGUGCCUAGCAUCGGCUGGCACUUCACAAGCAAUAAUUGAAAACUGGCACUUUAUGAUGUAGUGCUUAAUGUCGAGCCAUUGAUUUGUAUGUUCUUUGCCACUUUAGUCUACAUGGUUGUUUGUAACUCUUAUUUAUAAAUAAAUUGAAAUAUUUGUGUGUCUAA